CUCUCUCGCGAUUGUCUAUGGUACGUCUCUCUCUCUCUCCCUAUCUGUAUGUCUGUAUAUUUAUGUAUUUUAUGUAUCCCGUCUGUGGCUAUGUUUUCUUCUUGCUCAAAAGGUAUGGUAAAUGGUGAGAGACUAUUUGACAUCUUGUAAUCGGUGUUUUGGAAAGCCAUAUAUCAGGGACGAGAACUUUUGAUGUACCUAGCAAAUUUUAUUUCCUUUUUUGUAAUCUUUUCCUUGCUCCAAUCCACCAUCGACGGCAACGACCCUCCAACACCCAGUGACGCCAGCGAGCCCCUAGCGAAGGUAUAUAUCUCCCUCUCACUCGCCCAUCCUUCACCGCAGAACCCCAACCCACAGCCACACCACUGCUUUUACCCCAAGCGACUCCAGCGACGCCCAAAGACUCUUUCUAAUUCUCUCUCUCUCUCUCUCUCUCUCAUUACCUUUCUCUGUCUCUCACUCGCCCAUCCUCCACCGUUGAACCCCCCAUCCACCCCCAACCUAACCCUCCACCCACCCUACUCGAACCCAAAUAUUCAACCACCACCCCCAAAUUGCUUGGAGAUUUAAGCAAAAUCUUAUGACAGGCAUUUGUCUACCUUGCUGCCUUUUGCUUUUUAUUCUGGUUUAGUUGUUCCAUUGAUUCAUUUAUGGCUGAUGCUACAGUUCAAAAUGCUGAUUCUUGUUGCUAAGGUGGUAUUGUAAUGUUGUCCCUUGCUGACCAGUGCUUAUGGGCUACUCUGAUGCACUG